CGCCGGGGCGGGGCGGGCACGGGGAGGCGGCUCCGCCCCGGAAGCGAGCGCGGCCGCGGGGCAUUGUGGGGCGGCGCCGGGCCGGGCAGGAUAAAAGCCAAAAUGGCCUCGGGUGCGGUGGCCAACGCCCCUCCUGCAGGAGGGGCAACUGAUGUGAGCCUGGAGGAACCAAAGAAGAUGACGAGGGAAGAUUGGAGGAAAAAGAAAGAAUUAGAAGAACAGAGAAAACUAGGGAAUGCCCCUGCUGAAGUGGACGAAGAAGGAAAAGAUAUCAACCCCCAUAUUCCUCAGUACAUCUCCUCAGUGCCGUGGUACAUAGAUCCUUCCAAGAGACCCACACUAAAGCAUCAGAGGCCUCAGCCGGAGAAGCAGAAGCAGUACAACUCCUCUGGAGACUGGUACAAACGAGGCGUGCAGGAGCACGCCGUGGCCACGCGGUACCGCAAAGGAGCCUGCGAGAACUGCGGGGCGCUGACCCACAAGAAGAAGGACUGCAUGGAGAGACCCAGAAAAGUUGGAGCAAAAUACACAGGCAUGAACAUUGCCCCAGAUGAGCACGUGCAGCCUCAGCUGAUGUUUGACUACGACGGGAAGCGAGACCGGUGGAAUGGUUAUAACCCAGAGGAGCACAUGAAAAUUGUAGAGGAGUACUCCAAGGUUGACUUGGCCAAACGUACACUGAAAGCCCAAAAGCUUCAGGAGGAGUUGGCAUCAGGGAAGCUGGAGCAAGUGAACUCCCCAAGACACCAGUGGGGAGAAGAGGAAUCAAAUUCACAGACAGAAAGAGAUCAUAACAGUGAAGAUGAAGAUGAAGACAAAUAUGCAGAUGACAUUGAUAUGCCUGGGCAGAACUUUGACUCGAAAAGACGCAUCACAGUCCGAAAUCUACGGAUCCGGGAAGACAUUGCCAAAUACUUGAGGAAUCUAGAUCCAAACUCUGCUUAUUAUGAUCCCAAAACAAGAGCAAUGAGGGAGAACCCUUAUGCCAACACAGGCAAGAAUCCAGAUGAAGUUGGCUAUGCAGGUGACAACUUUGUUCGCUACACAGGAGAUACAAUUUCAAUGGCACAGACCCAGCUGUUUGCCUGGGAGGCUUACGACAAGGGCUCUGAAGUUCAUCUGCAAGCAGACCCCACCAAAUUAGAACUCCUCUAUAAAUCUUUCAAAGUGAAAAAAGAAGAUUUCAAGGCACAGCAGAAAGAAAGCAUCCUAGAGAAGUAUGGAGGACAAGAACAUUUAGAUGCCCCCCCAGCUGAACUGCUGUUAGCUCAAACAGAAGAUUAUGUGGAGUAUUCUAGGCAUGGAACAGUCAUCAAAGGACAGGAGAAAGCUAUUGCUUGUUCUAAGUAUGAAGAGGAUGUGAAGAUCAACAACCAUACAUGCAUUUGGGGUUCAUACUGGAAAGAGGGAAAGUGGGGUUACAAGUGCUGUCAUUCCUUUGUCAAGUACUCCUACUGUACAGGAGAAGCUGGGAAGGAAAUUGCUAAUGCAGAGGCAAGUUUAAUGGAGGAGCAGCCUCAAGAGGAAGAACACAUGACAAAACCCAAAACGCUCAUGGAGAUCCACCAAGAGAAACAGAAAGAGAAGAAAAAGAAGAAGCACAAGAAGAGCUCGAAUUCUGACAGUGAGGGUGAAGAGAAAAAGAAGCAAGAAAAACUAAAAAAGGCUCUGAAUGCUGAAGAGGCUCGACUUCUCCACAUCAAAGAAAUCAUGCAGCUAGAUGAGAGGAAGAGACCAUACAACAGCCAGUAUGAAGCCAGGGAGCCAACAGAAGAGGAGAUGGAGGCUUACAGAAUGAAAAGGCAGAGACCUGAUGACCCCAUGGCCUCUUUCCUUGGGCAGUAGUCUCAGGAGGCAUCAUUCCAGUACAUUAGACUUUUCCCACAGUUGUUUACAACUCUCUAGACACUCGAUUCCCUUGCACAUGUCUAAAAUGGCAGAAGCCUUUCUGUGCUCUGAAGAAAUUUGUGAAAGCUUCUUUCAGCAGACAUGAGCAGUCUAGUACUUACUGGAAUUUUGUAAAUGAGUGUGCAUGUAUACAAAUACAGGCACAUAUACACACACACAUGUGUAAUAUAUGCAUAGAUAAAAUACAUAAACCUGCCCUGUAAGAUCUUGAAGGAGAUCUGACUGAAAUCCUAAGUUUAUUUGGCCAACUAGUAUGUAUAGAUAUACAUAUUUGGCUAACUAAUACAUAAAGUUGUGAUACUGACUAGUCAGAAGAAAUGGUCAGCAGGUGUCAAUAUAGAACAAAAAUUGUUGAGAAAAAUUGACACAACUACUACUAGAGCUUCUUACUUGUAAAUCCUGUAUCAUGACUGGAAAAGAAUACAUAGGUUUUCAAUUACUUUGCAGCAAGUACUUUGGAAAUGUAAAAGUUAAUUGCUUUAUUCUGGUUAAAUCAAUAUAAAGAUCUUAAGUGCUGUCUAGCCUUUUAAAUGAAAGGGUUAGGUGAAGCUGACUGUAGUAGUUUUUAAAUUCCAGUUGUUUAUUCAAAUACAUUUCCACAGAAAUUUCAGUUGUAAAGAUCUGAGUUCUUGGGUUUCCUUUUGAUAACAGUGUCCUGUUACAUGGUGUGACACCAAGUGUCAGGCUCUAAUCCCAUGUGAGAACCUGAAGCAGCAUCUGCUUUGGUUUGGCAAUGUUAGUCCUUAAACUGGGAGUUUUCCCCUUUGAACUAAUUUAAAGUUGAAGAACUGGGUGAAAAACUGCACAGCAUGACUUUAGAGUUGGAAGGCUUGGGAAUUACUUCUGUUGAGGCUUAAACUGUUUUUUCCAAGAAAAAACUGCUCUUUUGCACAAAUAAUUACAUACAACACAUACCUGUGACUGUCUGUGUGAUUUCACAGACACCGAGGACUGAAUGUUUUGAUUUGGCACAUGUAGCUAAUGAUAGCAAUUCUGCACUGGUUUGCAAUUUGUUCUGUAUUAAUAUGAUAAGUUGUUGUCAUCUUAUUGCAGAAGUUCCAUACUGUUGUCUCCUUAUUGCAAAAGUUUCAGACCUUCUUGCUGUUUUCUCAUGGGCAGCUCUGCAGAGCACUGACUCCAGUUCCCUUCUCACCCAGCCAACCUGCUCUUUUGUAGCUCUCUUCUUCUCCCUGGUCACAUCUGUGGCCUGUUAAAGUCAGGCCUGUUCCUAGUCUUUAGUAAUUGACCCAGCUGUGACUCCUUAGGGGUGAGAUUACUUUCUACUCUGUCUGUAUUUUCUUAUAUGCUAUCCCCCCGCAAUAUGUGAUGCUCUGAUUGGUGAUCAGAAUUUUGAGUAUUUACUGUGUGUCUGAUCCUUUGCCACUUGAGGUUGUGCCAGUGUGCCCUGCAACUGCUGUUGGCUUGGUCAGUGCCAAGUUCAGUUUUAGGGAAGAGGAGCUGUCAGCAGGGCUCCUUGAGCUAUUUACAUACCUUUCUCAAAGCUGCAGUUAAAUUUUUUUUAGAUUAAAGUCUGAAAGACUUUAUAAAGGAGGUAAUUCAGAAAUAACACAGGAAACAACACAAAGGAAAUGUCAAGGCUAAUUUUGUGGAUUCACUGCACGGAAACUUUAAUACAUCGAGUCUUGACUGAAUUUAUGUGAAGUCAUUGGUUAUGGAUUAAAAUUCAGUCCAAAUUUAGGAUACUUAGAUUUCACCAGUGAGUCAAUCCCAAGCACUUGGGGCAAUAGUUGAUCCUUGCCACAUCUUUUACUGUAAAGGAAGAGAGCUCCUUUAAAGGGUUGUCAGGUUAUUUAUUUUAACCUUGAGAGGACAGUGUGUUACCCUGAGACUUGUUCUUAAACAGCUGCAACACUUAUCUGAUGAUUUAAAAAAACCUCAUGCAUGCAUUUCCAGCUGGAAUACUCCAGUCAGAUGGAUAAACAUUUGUCAGAAUAAAUGGCAGGAAAUGUGAAGCAAUGCUGAUCCACUCAGAACCUUCCAGGAAUAAACAGACCUGUCUGGUUUUCAUCACGAAUAUGAAACAGAAUUUCUCCUCUUUGGGAGUUUAUUCUGGGUGCAGCAUUUCAUGCAUAGAACUGUGUAAGAUUAUUUCUUGGAUCAUGAGGUUUUUUGUACUUGCCCCAGUUACUAUACAGGCUUUUCCAAGAACGUGAAAGGAGUAUGGUCAGAAUUUAAAGAUAGCAUUUUGCUCUUCACCUGCCCAGGAGUAAUUAUGCAUUGGGCUGUCCACUGAACGUAAUAAAAGCAGUAAAAUAAAGCAGUCCUGCUUUGAAGCAAAUGUUUCAUGCUAAUAAUUUUUAUGAUAAUCAACAUAAAUCAGCAAGGGGUUUUUAUGUGGAAAAAAGUUUCUAAUAUAAAAUGAUAAAUACUUACUUUUAGAUCGUCAACAACCUUUCCAUGGGUUGGGAAACAAAUAAAAAUACUUUUUUUUGAGGUGA